ACAUAAUAUAAUUACUUAAUUACAUUGCACACCAUCUUUCAAAAUCUCUUUCUCCUUAGAAUCCUGAAACUCUUCGAAGAACAUCGUCGGGACUCCCUGUUCCGGAACACUAACCUUACCCCUCUUUAAUUAACAAACCCUAACCUAAAAUCCACCACACGGGGCCCCCUUUCCCCUCACAACAGCGCCGCAUCCCCACUCCCCCUUUUCCCCUCUCCAGCGCACACAACACAAUACACACACGCACCACCUCACCCACGCGGAAGAGGAGAGCUCGAGGAAGGAGACGCCGCCUUGUUGCCAGCUCUGUCGCGCCCAGCCCGCCGCCGCUGUCGAGUCAAACCCGAGAGAGAGAGAGAGAGAGAGUGCGACGAUGAGAGAGGAGGAGCCGUCACCAAACGCGUCGCCGCCGCUGGAGGAGCUUCGCGCUUCGCCGUCGCCGAGGAGGGGAAAGAGGAGCUGCUCCUGUCGCGUCAGUCACUGUCGUGCUUCCUGGUUGCUGAUGAGGGAGCCGCGAGAACUGUUGCCGUCGCGGAGGAGGGGGACACGCGAGAGGGAGCCGUCACGGUGGUCGCCAUCGUCGCUGUUGAGUACAUGUUCAUGCUUUUUCAGAACCGAUGGAAGGAGAGAACCGCAGUACCCCCAAGUUCCUGAAAACAAGGUUACUCGCAAGAGUUUUUUUCUGCUGCAGCAGAUUCCAUUCAUUCAGUCUUAUGCUGGAGAUGUCAAUCAAGUUAUCCACAUUUUUGACGGAAACCUUUUACCCGUUAAUGGCGACGAUGAUCUGGGAAGAGCAUACAGGCAACAAAUGGAGAAUGAAACCAAAGAGCUUUUCGGCUCAUUUCGUGUCUUCUGCAAUAGAAAAAAUAUACAAUGCAAAGAAAUCUUGCUGGAAGACACGGAUAUACCUAAGGCGAUAAUAAAUAGCAUUACAUCAUAUUCCAUUGAACUUUUAGUACUUGGAUCAUCAAAGAGCAGCUUUCUCAAAAAAAUUAGGGGUGCGGAGGUUCCAAACCAAGUAUCGAAAGGGGCACCACCAUUCUGCACUGUGUACGUUAUUAACAAAGGAAAAAUCUCAACUGUGAGAUAUGCAACUGCUCAAUUAACUGUUAGACCCCGUAACAGCAUAUUGCCGCUGCACUCUACUCAGUCUCCGUCUCCGUCUGAGUCUUACUCUGAGUCUCAGUUCUUCAGUGCUGAAAGAUUCGAUUCGCGGCUGACACGCAACCACCCUCCACGGCCACUGGAGAAACCUGGAUACCAUGGACGGCAGUCCUUGGAGGACUUCUCAAGCCCAAUCAACAAACUUGGUAGACCAGAGCCCAAACCAUAUGAACCGUCGAUGACUCAAUGCGAUAUCUCAUUCGUGAAUGGAAAGCCAGGGGUUGAUAAGUUGUUCUCUUCAUUGUAUGACGAAAGUGUGGACGAUGGAGCUCCCCCUCGUCUUUCUUUGGGAUCCGACUUUGGAGUUAACCUUCUCGACUGCGCUUUCACUUCACAAGAGACAGCUAAUUUUAGCGACGGAUACUCUUUUAAUUCACAGGACAGUGGAGCAUCAUCAAGCCUAGCUAUUUUGGAUGAAGUGGAAACUGAAAUGAGAAGACUUAAGCUAGAACUUGAGCAGUCAAUGGAUGUGUAUAGCACAGCAUGCAGGGAGGCUUUGGUAGCAAAGCAAAAGGCAUUGGAGCUUCGUAAUUUGAAAAUGCGAGAAUGGAAGAAGUUUCACGGGGAGCAAACUGCUGAAAAAGCAGAGUUGGAAUUAGCUACUAAGGAGAAAGAAAAGUGUAGAGCAGCCUCGAAUGCAGCGGAAGUAUCUAGAAAAAUAGCAGAGUUGGAAGCUAAGAAAAAAAUGAAUUGUGGGAUGAGAAUGAGAGCAGAAGCGGAGCUAAAGCAGUCGGGAGAGGGUUUGUUAUACGGGGGUUCUGGGAGGUAUAGAAGAUACACGGUUGAGGAAAUUGAAGCAGCGACAAAAGGCUUCUCCAACGCUCUCAAGGUGGGUGAAGGAGGUUAUGGGCCAGUGUAUAAGUGUGAACUAGAUCACACACUAGUUGCAAUCAAAGUACUUAAGACAAAUGCAUCUCAAGGAUGGUCACAGUUUCACCAAGAGAUUGAGGUGCUAAGCUGCAUAAGGCAUCCACACAUGGUUCUCCUGCUGGGAGCGUGUCCGGAGAUUGGAUGCCUAGUGUACGAGUACAUGGCUAAUGGAAGCUUAGACGAUUGCCUGUUCCACAGAGGCAAUGCACCAGUGCUCCCAUGGCAGUUAAGAUUCCGAAUUGCUGCAGAGAUUGCAACUGCCCUUCUUUUCCUCCACCAGACAAAGCCGGAGCCACUGGUGCACCGUGACUUGAAACCUGGAAACAUUUUGCUUGAUCGCAACCUGGUGAGCAAGAUUGGUGACGUCGGGUUAGCGAGGCUUGUCCCUCCUUCGGUUUCAGACGUUGUCACACAAUAUAGACUCACAUCAACUGCAGGAACUUUCUGCUACAUUGAUCCUGAGUACCAGCAAACAGGGAUGCUUGGAGUCAAGUCUGAUAUUUACUCACUGGGAGUCAUGCUUCUUCAGAUCAUAACUGCAAGGUCACCAAUGGGUUUGACUCAUCAGGUUGCGAAAGCCAUUCAGAGAGGCACUUUUGCUGAAAUGCUUGACCCUGCUGUUGAGGACUGGCCAAUUCAACAUGCCUUGCAUUUUGCAAAGAUUGGCCUCAGAUGUGCAGAGAUGAAAAGAAAAGAUAGACCUGAUCUUGCAAAAGUUGUAUUGCCUGAGUUAAACAAGCUCAGACAGUUUGCUGAAGAAAACACGCCUAUGAUGAUGUUUGGUGUUGGCGCAGGAUUCGCUUCUCGCUCUACAACAACUUCCUUAUUUCAAGACACCAGUGAAACUCAAUCGUUCUCUGAAAUCUCUGAAAGUAGCCUCUCAAGCACGCCCUCAAUCGAGAAAAUUGAAAGUUCCGGGCUUGAGGCGGAAGUUACACUUGGCAUGCGCUUUUAAAGCUGGUCUAGUUGAUAAUCUGAACCAUUUGAACAAGGUAAUGCUAUGAUGAAGAAUGCCUUUUAAGGAAGAGUGAAGAUUAUUGUUUUUUCAAAAAAUAAAGAUAUCAUGUAAAAUGCACACUUCCCUUAAAAGAUUAGUUACAAUAUUCAUUCUUCAAUCAACUUUAUUCUUUACCAAAGAAAUUUCCCGUUAACAAUAGAGAUGUAGAAGUGUAUAAAAGCUUGUAGAAAUUAGAAGCUAUUAUGUUAGUUAUGCUGACUCUGGCAUAUUUCUGUUAUUGACAGCAACUAUAUAUAGACUCAUGUAACUAACUCUUUGAUGAUGAUGAUCAAUAACAGAUUCUCCCACUUAACCAACUCAGACAUAAGUCUGUACCUUUCACUAGUUAAACGUUAACAACAACAGACCCAGUUCUAACUCAAGUUCUAGUUUAUUUUGCCUCUUAGAAUAGCAC